UGGAGCCUCUGGCUCUCCCAAGAAGACUCCCUGCACCCUUCCUAUCUCAUUGGCUCCCCAGGCAUGGUGAAUGCCUGUUGAAGAAACGUCCCAGUCCCCAGCUUUGUUUGGAGAGGCUGAUUGCAGAAUGUGGUGAGAGGCAUUUCUGGCACCUUUAGUCUUGUGGGAAGGUCUGCAGAGCAUUUGCCAGCCCCCAGUUGGCUGACAAUGGAAGGGCUUGCUGGAGAUGCCUAGCUGGCUGCUGCUUUUCUGCUGGCUUGAAAGACAUUCACUGAUGAGCAGAACCCUCAUUUGCCCUCUCGCUCCUUUUACCAUGCUUGCUGCUUGGUAGGGUCUGAGAGGUGGGAACGGAGACAAACACCUGGGCUUCCAAGGAUCCUGCCUGCAGGCAACAGGAUGGAUAACAAAGCCAUGUACAUGCACACUUUUGGGGAGAGGGAGAAUGGAUCCAUCUUUGAAGAGCCAUUUGAUGGAAAGAACCUUUCGAAGCUGAACCUCUGGGAGGAUGGUGCAGGCAGCAAGAAGAAACCAUCAGGGCACUGUGGCCAUCUUGGAUCCUUGGCUGCCCUCAAAUAUGCAGUGGUUGGGCUGUACUUGCUGGUAUUCCUGAUUCUUGUGGGAGUCUUUAUCUUAGCAGUGUCUAGACCUCAGAGUUCUCCUGAAGACCUGAAGGUGCUAACAGGGAAUGUGAACCGAUUAAACGAAAGUUUGCGGGACCUUCAGCUGAAAACAAUUCACCAGCCCAUCAAAGUAGACUUCAUGGACCACAUCUGGCGUCUUCAGGACCUCCUGCAGAACCAUUCUGAUUCCCUCCUGGCAAUGACAGGCUCCCUUCAGAAACUGGAAGGGACUCUCGGGAGCUUGCAGGCACAAGCUGCCCAGACAGAUAGAGUUGUUGCUGGACUGAGGGACAGUCUGAUCCAGCAGAGUGACCUCGCCCAGAUGGAAAUCUACAGGCUCUCAGUGGAGGGAAACAGCAGCCUGCUGAGACUGAAGCACCAUGAAGUCUUGCUCAAUGAGCUGGCAUCCCAUGUGGAGUCCAUGAGUGACCAGCUGACCAUGGUGGGUGGGGAAGUAGGCACCAUGAACAGGACUCUGUCCUAUGACGUGGGCAUCCACCACACCCGCAUCCAGGACCUACAGGUCCUGAUCAGCAAUGCCACGGAGGAUGCCCGGCAGAUGCGUCUCGUCCACAUUGCCAUGGAGCAGCAGCUCAAGCAUGAGCUGGCCAUCCUGAACAAUGUCACUGAGGACCUGAGGCUCAAGGACUGGGAGCACUCCAUCGCCUUGAGGGACAUCUCUGUCAUACAAGGGCCUCCAGGACCAAAAGGGGAUCAAGGCAACGAAGGGAUGGAAGGUGAACCUGGACCGCCUGGCUUACCUGGACUGCAAGGGUACCCUGGGGAAAGAGGACCGAUGGGGCAACGUGGCCCCAAGGGGGACCAAGGACUUCUGGGUGCACGAGGAUUGCCUGGCUUCCGUGGAAUGACAGGUGACCGAGGCCCAAAGGGAGAAAAAGGAGAGAAGGGAGAGAAAGGGGACAGAGGUACAGAAACAGCACCUGCUGCAGUAGAGGGGGUCAUUCGUCUGGUGAAUGGAUCGGGCCCCCAUGAGGGGCGAGUGGAAGUUUUCUACAACCGACUAUGGGGGACUGUUUGUGAUGACGGCUGGGACAAGAAGGACGGUGAUGUUGCGUGCCGGAUGCUGGGUUUCCGGGGUGCUGAAGAGGUUUACAGAAUGGCUGCAUUUGGGCAAGGGACUGGGCGUAUCUGGAUGGAUGACGUGGCCUGCAAGGGGACAGAGGACAGCCUGUUCCAGUGCAGCUUUCCCAGCUGGGGGAAAACAAACUGUGGACAUGCCGAGGAUGCAGGAGUGACAUGCUCGAUGCUGUGAUAAGAGAACUUUGGCAACCAAAGACUAUCCAUUGUGAAGGGAACUGUUGCAUCCCAGAGACUGUUCAAGACCGGCAGCCAUCUUUCUUCUUUUCCAGGUGCUGGCCAAGCAGAGCAGUAUCUCUCAGGGCUUGCUGUAGAGUCUACUGUGAUCCAGUGAUGCCACCAGGAUGAGGAUCAAGCCCUUCCUAAAUGAUAUUGCUUCUGUUUCUCACAUGUAGUCCAACGUUAUGAGAUAACGAGAGCCUUAAAAAUGUGUGUUCCUGAUACAACAGCUAGAAUUAUGCAGAUCUUGAAUAGGCAGCUGUGACAAUCUCAUUAUUGCAAGCAGUGUACGAUGCAGCAAACAAACCAGCACUACAGUUCCAUAAGGCCUGAAGACGCAUGUGGCGGGGAACAGCUGAGCACCUAAGGGCAUAACCUAUUUUCUUAGCAAGCUGUUGGUUGUGGCUUUUUUUUCAUCAUAAAAUAAAAACAAUGGUGUGUUAUUCUGUAA